CCUGCUUAAGAAAACAGGAACCUCCCAGGGGCAGUGGCCCCGCCCUGCUGACGUGCAGACCCUGAACCGAAACACAAGCUCCUGCAGGCAGCGAGCACAGCCAGAGCCAGGGCCUCGGGGCCCAGGGGUCUCCCAGGUCACCAUCCCCAGGAAGCCAUGACAGAGGCCGGAAAGCUGCCCCCGCCGCUGCCCCCACGACUCGACUGGUUCGUGCAGACACAGGUGGGCCAGCUGGCCCAAGGAGGGGUCCCUGCCUGGUUCCACGGUGCCAUCUCGAGAGAGGACGCGGAGAAGUUGCUGGAGGCACAGCCACUGGGAUGCUUCCUCAUCAGAGUCAGCCACAGCCACGUGGGCUACACGCUUUCCUACAAAGCCCGGAGCUGCUGCCGUCACGUCAUGGUGAAGCUCUUGGAUGACGGGAGCUUCGUGAUCCCGGGGGAGGAGAGGGCCCAUGCCUCGCUGGACGCCCUGGUCGCCUUCCACCAGCAGCAGCCAGGGCGGCUUCACGGGGAGUGGCUGACACAGCCCUGUGGGCAGAAGGAUCCAGCAAAUGUGGAUUACGAGGAUCUCUUCCUUUACUCCAACGCAUUGGUUGAAGAAGCCGCCAGCCCUGCCCACGGCCCCGGCAAACAUCAGAAUGCCCCCUCCUGUCCCGUGGCCUCACCUGGGGAGGCCUCCGCAAAGCCCGUCCUGCUCCAUCGGCCAAAGGAAAGGACGCCGUCGGCAGAGAUGCACAGAGCGCCCACCGAGGAAGCCACUUCCUCCUGUCCCCUGAAGGCUCCUCUUGAGAAGGCCUGCCGGAAACUCUGGAAGAACCUCAAGACCGUCCCCCAGACAGGCAAGAGGGUCCAGCAGCAGCUGAAAUCCCACCUGGAGGCCACGAGCUUGUCGUCGCUCUGGGACCCCGGGUGGUCCCCAGGGACCCACAGCACGCGGGCCCCAGCGGGUGACGCGGCCUGGGAGGUUAACGCCCACGUGGACCCAUUUGUGCCCCAGGCUCUGAGAGAUAGAGGUGACUCCUCCAGGAAGGCCUCAAGGUCGGCUAGCUGGAGCGAGGUGACCCCAAGUGUCGGGGGCUGGCACCAAGUGGUCCUGAGGACCCUGUCCUCACGGGUGUCCAAACCAGAGCCGAGGGACUUGGCAGAAGCCCAGAAGGACUGGCUCCCCGAGGAGUACUGCCCACCGCCGCCCUUCGCCCCCGGGUACUGCUAGAGAGAAGGUUUGCCCUGGCCCAGGGACCCUCGCUGCCGGGGGCUGCUUACACCCAGACCCCUUGCUCUCCACCACUGCCCACCAGCCCUCAGGAACCUGAGAAAUGCAAUAAAGAUAUUGCUUGAGUCUGGUCCCUGCAGUGGUCAGUGGUGUGACCUGGUUAUUUGAA